GAUCCACCUGUAGCUGUACGUGUGCGCGCGAUCCGUAAGUGUAUUACGCAAGUGUCCUUAGACUCCGCACGCGCACUAUGCAAUGGCAGCUCUGGAGGAGGAGGAAACAGCACUAGACGUUGUUGUUGUGGGGUCGUGUAAUACAGACUUAAUCAGUUAUGUCUGCCGUUUACCUAAGCCAGGAGAAACCAUUCAUGGAUCCAAAUUUACUAUUGGGUUUGGAGGCAAAGGAGCAAAUCAGUGUGUCAUGGCAGCAAAAAUGGGAGCCAAAACUGCCAUGGUUGCAAAGGUUGGGGAUGACACAUUUGGACAUGAGACCAUCAAGAAUUUUCGGAAUUGCAGUGUUUUAACAGACUUUAUUGCAAUCACCCAAGAAGCUGCUACAGGGGCUGCUCCAAUUGCUGUUGACGAUGAAGGUCAGAAUUCCAUCAUCAUUGUAAGUGGAGCCAAUUUGUUACUGACUCCCUAUGAUGCUGAGAAAGCUCUCAGCGCCAUCAAAGCCACUAAAGUUCUUUUGUGCCAACUAGAGGUUAAUCCUGAGACCACUCUAGCAGCAAUGAAAGUAGCUCAGGAAAAAGGAAUUACAACAGUACUGAACCCUGCACCAGCCAUUGCAGAUUUACACCCAGACUUUUACAAGUUCUGUGACAUUAUUUGCCCAAAUGAGACAGAGGCAGAACUUUUGACUGGUCUUCAAGUUACAAGUGUUGAAGAAGCCAAGGAUGCCGCAAAAAUACUGCUUGAGAGAGGCUGUAAAAAGGUCAUUAUCACUCUAGGAGGUCAAGGGUCACUACUAGCUCUGCCAGAUAGUGAGCCAGCACAUGUUCCAGCAAGAGCUGUGAAGGCUGUAGAUACCACGGGUGCUGGAGAUUGCUAUGUGGGUGCCCUUGCAUAUUACCUGGCUGUGAAACCUCACUUGAGCCUUGAAGAGAUGAGCCAAAAAGCUUCAUAUGUUGCAUCUAUUAGUGUGCAGUCACCAGGAACACAAACCAGCUACCCAACUAGGAAAGAUCUUCCAACUGACUUGUUUUAAAACUUGAUGAAAGUACUCUCUUUGGACGAGUAAGAUUUGACUAAUUUGGUCAGUCAUCUUUGCUAUUGUAAGAUUAAAUGGAAAAGUUAAAGGCACAUAGUAUAUUCUUUACCAAAACAUUUCAUUCACACUUCCUUGACAAUCCCUCAUCAACUUUACUUAAAUUUGAAACAAAUAGUAUUAACCUCUGACUUUACCAAAAUAAUCAUCACAGUACCAUAUAAAUCACUGGUUCAGAAUUUCAAUUCAGACUUGAACUGUUGGCCUAUUAUAGAUGUACACAUAAAGUGGCCAAUAUUACUCUGCCAACACGUUUUGUAUUUUUAAUCAUACGAUUAUGAAAAUAAGGAUGAUGUUAAUGUUGUACCCAAAAUUGGUCAUCUUGUUCUUACUUUGGACAAAUGGUUUGAUAAUGAAAUGUGUCUUUGCCUUAAACCAGGUACUGCCAUGUUACUGUUAAAGGGACCCAUAUACUGGUACUAGAAAUGCAUGUAAUGCACAUAUGGGGUUUAGUUAACCUUAUUUUCAAGUUUUGUGUGCUGCCUUUUUUAUUUUAUGCUCAUAUGAAUUUGCAUAUUUCUGAGCAAACUGUAGUGUAAUCGGAGGCACUGAACCUCAACGUUGCAUUGAUCUGAGCACACAAAAUUGCUUGAUUUUUUGUACCUUGCUGUCAAAGAUUUCCAUUUCCUUUGAAAAUUUUUCAUAUAUAUCUGGCAAUAUUAAGCCAUUGAACAACCUUUUUUCUAAAAUGUUUUCAUAGAGCAAUUUAUUGUCAUUUAGAGUACUGAAGUGAACAGGUCAUGUGCGUGUAUGUUAAAGGCAUUAGCACAAGAAUCAGGGCAUGAAUAAACACAUGUACUCCAUUUCUUUGCACUACUCUGUAGGCCUACAUUCCAAGUUCAAACGAUGUCACUCUUCGGCACUCUGUUUCUGGCAAUAAUCCAGCGAGCAACCUUUUCUCAGAAAUGUUUUCAGAGUGAAUUGGAGUCCAAAAUUUGCACAUGAAAACAUGCAAACUGAACAGUGUCUUCCUGGAUUUACAUCGCACUACAGCGCCCUCACUUAUCUAGAAAAGCUUGGUCACUUUUGAAUUUUUUUUUUAAAGUGCACUUUACCAUUCACUUAGCUUGUUAAGAGUUUCAGUCUGUUUUCAUACACUGAAGAACAGUAUAAACAUGCACAAAAAGAGAUUCUAAAUUGAUCCUUUGAACUAGUUUUACAUGUGCAUUCCAAGAUAUUUCAAAGACAAUAAAGUUAUAAGUAAAAUAAAAUUUAAUUUACAAUGUCAUGGCAAGCUGAAAUAGAAAAUAAAUAUAUGAUUUACAACCAAAUUUUAAACACAG